AUGGUCGUUGAUAACGGUAGUGCCCCAGAAAUGAAUGCUUUAUGGCAGCUUGUAAACACCAAUUUGCAAGCUCUUUACCCAUCCAACACGGCCAAGGCAGUAGUCGGACUCUGUCACCGCCAUGAUGGGGGGAAAGAAGCCUAUAUCAUCAUAGGCGGUGGAAGUAGAGCCGAGAUCGUUGCAUCCAGUGGAAAGUACGAUUAUGUGGACGAUGCUCUGAAAACACUUCUGAACUAUACUAUGGUCCAGCUUUACGCCAAGUUACAGGCAGACAACCCGGCACACGAGUUUCAGAGGCUCGAGAGAGGAGGAUGUGUUUCUCGAGACGAGGAGGGAAAAAAGGAAGCAUUGGUCUGUGAUAAUUGGCCUGACUAG